AGGUGGAAGAACAACGUGCUGCACAACAUGAGUUAUCAAGGAAGUUGCAAACACAAAAGCUAUGUGGAUAGUGUGAAGAUAAAACAUUAGACACAAAUUAAAACGAACACAUGAUACGUAUGAAUUAAACACCACUAAGAAAAUAAAAAUAAGACAUAUAAAACAUAUAUAUAAAAUGGUUGGUCUACGAAGUGAAUAUAUUCUAAUGGCUUUUUUUUAACCAACAGUCAAAAAUACAAAAAUGUUUCGUUCACUGUCACAGAAACCAGCAAAUAUUCACAUGAGAGAAACUGGUUCCAGUGAAUCAGUUGUCUAAAUUGCUGACAAUUAAUUUUCUGUCAAUUGCUAAUUGAUUAAUCAACUCAUGAUUUAAGCUGUAGUGUGGCCUGCCGGUUGGCUCCUGGGUGUCUGGGGAAAUAAUGUGAUUGUAAUGAAAAGUGUGUGUGUGUGUGUGUGUGUGUGGGGGGGGGGGGGACGACAAUACAUUUUUCCUACAGGCCCCCUGGGAAGUUAAAACCAGUCAUGAAUUAAUGAGAUGGGGCUUUUGGGGGCCCCUGGUGUCCGGGGCCCCGGGGCAGUUGUGAACUUUGCCCCUUCACUGGAGCCAGAGCAUGGAUGUUGUUAUUUACUAAAAAAGUAGCCUGUUAAUUAGCCGACAAAUCGAUUAAUCAACUAUUAGCUUCAGUGAUUCAGUACCCAGACCUGAAUGCGUGCUCCCGUCUCUGCUCUCACGCAGGAGCGCGCCCGGUGUCAGGCUCGUGCCCGGCUCUGUGGAGUGGACCGAGCGGCGGCAGUGAGGGGGACAGCCAGCCGGAGACACGCCGACCGACCACCGCGUCAGUCCGCUCACUUUCCAGCGGCUCACACAGACACUCCGCGGCGGCUUUGAAGCGGACGUUUCAGGGGCAGGAGGGAAAGCGGCUCCCCGCCUCGGCCGGGCACCGGUCUGUGUGAAGUUUAAAGCCCGCUAAGCUAACCUGGGAGAGCGGAACAAUGAGGCAGAGCCAGCCGGGCUGCCGGACCGCCGCCGGCUGCUGCCGCCGCCGCAGCUAACGGCUAGCUAGGAGCAACUGGGCGGUCAACGCGACAAAACUCUCCCAUGACGGAUUAUACACCGACUUUUCCCGCUUUCUCCCGCCGUGUAAACACUUAAACCCUCUCUCCCGGGCUUCGCGUCCACUUCUGGAGGGUUUCUUUGAAAGACAACAAGUUUUUUUCCCCCCGUCGGAUAUGGAGACGGACUCGGUGGCAGGCGACGUGGAGUCUCUGCACGGCGGACUGAGCCUCCUGGAUCCCCUGGUGGACCGGAUCCUGGUGGACACCGUGUCCCAGCAGCAGGGAUGGCUCCGAGUUUACGAUGUUAAAGGUCCUCCUGCUCACCGCUUCUCCUGCGGCCAGAGUCCGUACACCGACAGCGGCGCCUGGGAGAGGAAGUACUGCAUCCUGACCGACACCCAGCUCAUCCUGCUCCACAAGGACGAUGAGGCUGCAGGUGAUGCUCAGGAGAGCCCCACAGACUCGGCGAAGGGGCGGAGUCUGCGCAGGACAGUCAGCGUCCCCUCAGAGGGACAGUUCCCAGAGUUUCAGGCAGAGGGCGCCACCAUGCUGGAAGUUUCUUCGGAGCGAUCUCCGAGGAGGAGGAGCAUCUCUGGUCUGGGGAGCUCAGAGAAGAGCGUCGCCAUCGACAACCCCAACUCGUCGCCGUUUAAAGUGCCGGGUUUUUUCAGUAAACGUCUCAAAGGCUCCAUCAAGAGGACGAAGAGUCAGACCAAACUGGACAGAAACACCAGCUUCAGACUUCCCUCACUGCGUCCUGCUGAACCAGACAGAUCUCGUGGGCUCCCAAAGCUGAAGGAGUCGAGCUCCCAUGAGUCUUUGCUGAGCCCGGGCAGUGCCGUGGAGGCUCUGGACCUGAGCAUGGAGGAGGAUGUGUUCAUCAAACCUCUGCACAGCAGCAUUCUGGGACAGGAGUUCUGCUUUGAGGUGACGUACUCUGGCGGCAGCAAGUGUUUCAGCUGCACUUCAGCCUCAGAGAGAGACAAAUGGAUGGAAAACCUGAGGAGGACGAUUCAGCCCAAUAAGGACAACUGUCGCCGGGCGGAGAACCUGCUACGACUGUGGAUCAUCGAAGCCAAAGACCUGCCGCCCAAGAAGAAGUAUUUCUGCGAGCUGUGUCUGGACGACGUCCUGUACGCCCGGACCACCAGCAAGACCCGGCACGACAGCCUGUUCUGGGGCGAGUACUUCGACUUCUCCAGCCUGCCGGCCGUGCACAGCGUCACCGUGCACAUCUACCGCGACGUGGACAAGAAGAAGAAGAAGGACAAGAACAACUACGUGGGCCUGGUCAACAUCCCUGUGUCGGGCGUGACGGGCCGGCAGUUCGUGGAGAAAUGGUACCCGGUCAGCACACCCACCACCAGCAAGGCCAAAGGAGGCGGGCCGUCGAUCCGCAUCAAGUCCCGCUUCCAGACCAUCUCCAUCCUGCCCAUGGAGCAGUACAAGGAGUUCGCCGAGUUCAUCACCAACAACUACACCAUGCUGUGCUCGGUGCUGGAGCCCGUCAUCAGCGUCAAGAACAAGGAGGAGAUGGCCUGCGCCCUGGUCCACAUCCUGCAGAGCACCGGCCGGGCCAAGGACUUCCUGACAGACCUGGUGAUGUCAGAGGUGGAUCGCUGCGCCGACCACGACGUCCUGAUCUUCAGGGAGAACACGUUGGCCACCAAGGCCAUCGAGGAAUAUCUGAAGCUGGUGGGACAGAAGUACCUGCACGACGCGCUCGGUGAGUUCAUCAAAGCUCUGUAUGAGUCGGAUGAGAACUGUGAGGUUGAUCCCAGUCGAUGCUCGAGCGGCGAUCUGUCCGAACAUCAGAGUAACCUAAAGAUGUGCUGCGAGCUGGCGUUCUGCAAGAUCAUCAACUCCUACUGCGUGUUUCCCCGGGAGCUGAAGGAAGUGUUUGCGUCGUGGAAGCAGCAGUGCGUCGCUCGCGGCCACCAGCAGGACAUCAGCAAGCGUCUGAUCAGUGCCUCGCUCUUCCUGCGCUUCCUGUGCCCCGCCAUCAUGUCACCGUCGCUCUUCAACCUGAUGCAGGAAUACCCCGACGACCGCACGUCCCGCACCCUCACGCUCAUCGCCAAGGUCAUCCAGAACCUCGCCAACUUCACCAAGUUCGGAAACAAAGAGGAGUACAUGGCCUUCAUGAACGACUUCCUGGAGCACGAGUGGGCGGGGAUGAUGCGUUUCCUGUCGGAGAUCUCCAACCAGGAGACUCUGUCCAACACGCCGGGCUUCGAGGGUUACAUCGACCUCGGCCGCGAGCUGUCUGUCCUGCACGCUCUGCUGUGGGAGGUCGUCUCCCAGCUCGACAAGGGUGAAAAUUCCUUCCUGCAGGCCACUGUAGCGAAGCUGGGCCCGCUGCCGAGGAUUCUGGGAGACAUCUCUCGCUCUCUGGCCGCUCCGACGCCGGUGCAGCAGCAGCUGCGACGCUUCCAGGACCACAGCUCCGCCCACAACAUCAGCGGCAGCUUGUCGUCAGGGUUACAGCGAAUCUUUGAGGACCCCGUGGACAGCCACUGUGAGGUUCGCAGCCUGCAGUCUCCAGGUGGCGACCGGAUGGAGGGUUAUGUUCGGGGUCAGCGCCCCCUGCUGGCGCAGCAGCAUCCGUCCGUCCACAGCAGCUUCUCGGAUCAGGAGGAGCGAGACAACCUGCUGCCCAACGGCCGCAGCAUCUCUCUGGUCGACCUGCAGGACGCCCAGAGCCUGCACGGCCCCGCCGCGCCCCCGCCGCACCACGAGGCCCCGCCCCGCCUCAGCAGGGUGGGCUCCCAGGCCUCCAUCGGACAAGGCCCGCCCCCGCUCAACUACCCCCACUCCAACCCCCUGACCCCCCAGCCGCACCAGAUGAAAGCCCCGCCCAGAGACGGUCAGCCGCAGAGCGCUCCGCAGGUGCGGCGGCCGCUGCACCCCUCCCUCAGCCAGCAGCGCAGCCUGCAGCCGCUGUCCUUCCAGAACCCCGUCUACCACCUGAGUAACCCCACCCACAGCCUGUCCACACGCUCCGCCCACUCGCUGCGGCAGGACUCCAGCUCGGAGAACCUGAGCACCGAGAGCUCGCACAACAGCCACAGCAACUCCGACGACUACGGCAGCCAGGUGGGGGUCAAAGGUCGAGUGGCGUCCAACAGCAGCCUGGACGAGCUGGGCAGCAGGCGGAGCACGCAGAGCGAGGAGUGUUCCACGCCGCGCCGCAACGUGCCUCCCGACCUCCCGCCCGGGGUCGCCACAGCGGUCGCCAUCCCCCGUCAGAGCACGACGGCGGGCACGGCCCACAUCGUCAAGGUGGAGCAGCAGAGCAGGGGAGGGGCCGGGGCCAGGGCGCCGCGCUCACUUCCGCACAGCGCCUCACUACGCAGCAGCAGCAGCGCCAACACUGAGCCGACGCCCACCUCCGGCCACAUGAACCGCCAGCAGUCCACCUGCUCUGUGGAGAACAUGGCUCCGCCCCCGAGGAGUGCCACCAAACAGCCACAGCAGGUGGCGUCUCCGGUUGAGGCGGUGGCGUUGUCUCCGGUGGAGAGGACGGCGGCCUGGGUCCUCAACAACGGCCAGUACGAGGAGAAGGAGGAGGAGGGGGGAGGAGACAGGAGCAGAGAGGAGGGCAGGAACACUGAGAAGUACGAGCUGGAGAUCUCUCGGCUGAAGGAGCGUCUGCGGGUGUCGGGGCGGCGCCUGGAGGAGUACGAGCGGCGGCUGCUGGCACAGGAGCAGCAGAUGCAGAAGCUGCUGCUGGAGUACAAGAACCGUCUGGAGGACAGCGAGGAGAGACUGAGGAGGCAGCAGGAGGAGAAGGACAGCCAGAUGAAGAGCAUCAUCUGCAGGCUGAUGGCUGUGGAGGAGGAGCUGAAGCGGGACCACGCAGAGAUGCAGGCGGUGAUAGAAGCCAAACAGAAAAUCAUCGACGCUCAGGAGAAGCGGAUCGGUUCCCUGGACGCGGCGAACUCGCGGCUGAUGGCGGCGCUGACGCAGGUGAAGGAGCGUUACAGCGCGCCCAACCUCUGCAACGGCCUGUCGCCCAGCAACCCCACCAAACUGUCCAUCACUGAGAACGGAGAGUUCAAGAACAGCAGCUGCUGAUUGGUCGACCAGCACACCAAGGUGGUGCUGGUGGUGCGGGUCUAAAGCCUCCGACUCCGCCCACCUCGCCUCCAUCAACUGCAGCUCUGCGGACGAUCGAUCAGAGAGAAAAUACAAAAUCUAUAAAUCUAUAAAUAUGAGUGUAAAUACUGAAGGUUUGAUCUGUUCAGUGUACAGUGUGUGUGUGUGUGUGUGUGUGUGUGUGUGUGUGUGUGUGUGUGUGUGUGUGUGUGUGUGUGUGUAGCAUCACAGAAGCACAGUGAGGAAGAAACAAACCAAAACAGAAACUAAAACGCACUCGAGUUUUUCUAACUGACUUUUUUAUGGUUUUUAUUUGUUUCUGUCGUCGAGGCCGAAGCUGAAGUUUCCUUUCUUCAUUUUUAGACUGAAGCCUUUAAUUGUUUUUUUUUUUUACCUGACGAGUUGUUUUGGGUUUUAAUUUAUUCCUCCAUGCCCUCGUCCUGUUGCUGAUCUACUGAACAGACACCUGUAUGAUCAGGGUCAAAGGUCACACCUGUCUGCUGUCCCAUGUUGAGAAUAAAAUCUGCUUGAAAGUCUAAA